GACUGUGGACGUGUAAAGCAUAGUUGUCUUUCGAAGCGGUGAGAGGGUGGCUUGCGGACGGUGUCUUAAUUUUCACAUGUUGUAGUAUAACGUGUAAAACAAGAAUUGUUAUAUAUAAAUAGUGUAAAACACCGUAAAUAUGGGGAUCAAGUUCCUAGAGGUAAUCAAGCCGUUUUGCAGUAUACUUCCAGAAAUCGCGAAACCUGAACGAAAGAUUCAGUUUCGUGAGAAGGUGCUAUGGACAGCGAUAACGUUAUUCAUAUUCUUAGUCUGCUGCCAGAUACCCCUGUUUGGCAUAAUGAGUUCAGACUCUGCAGACCCAUUCUACUGGAUACGUGUUAUUCUAGCUUCCAAUCGAGGUACUCUUAUGGAACUUGGUAUUUCCCCCAUUGUAACUUCAGGUUUAAUUAUGCAGCUAUUGGCUGGAGCCAAGAUAAUUGAAGUCGGCGACACACCAAAGGACAGAGCUUUAUUCAAUGGAGCACAGAAAUUGUUCGGCAUGGUCAUAACUGUUGGACAGGCAAUAGUGUAUGUUAUGACUGGCAUGUAUGGUGAUCCUUCAGAGAUUGGUGCUGGCGUUUGCCUUUUGAUCAUAAUUCAGCUUUUUGUUGCUGGUCUUAUUGUUCUUCUGCUUGAUGAGCUUCUGCAGAAAGGCUAUGGACUUGGAUCUGGAAUUUCACUGUUCAUUGCAACAAACAUAUGUGAAACAAUUGUGUGGAAGGCAUUCAGUCCAACUACUGUGAAUACAGGACGUGGUACAGAAUUUGAAGGUGCAGUGAUUGCCCUGUUUCACUUACUGGCAACACGUCAGGACAAAGUGAGAGCCUUGAGGGAAGCAUUCUAUAGGCAGAAUCUGCCGAACUUGAUGAAUCUGCUUGCAACUAUUCUUGUUUUUGCCAUUGUAAUUUACUUCCAGGGCUUCAGGGUGGAUCUGCCAAUAAAAUCUGCUCGCUAUAGAGGCCAGUACAGCAGCUACCCAAUAAAGCUGUUUUAUACAUCAAACAUUCCUAUUAUCUUGCAAUCAGCUCUUGUUUCGAAUCUCUAUGUCAUAUCUCAGAUGUUGGCUGUAAAGUUCACUGGGAACUUCUUUGUGAACCUUCUUGGUGUUUGGGCUGAUGUCGGCGGUGGUGGCCCAGCUCGUGCAUAUCCAGUUGGUGGCCUCUGCUAUUACUUAUCACCACCAGAAAACAUAAUGCAUAUCCUGGAAGAUCCUGUACAUGCACUGCUGUACAUUAUUUUCAUGCUUGGAUCAUGUGCAUUCUUUUCGAAGACGUGGAUUGAUGUGUCUGGCUCAUCAGCAAAAGAUGUGGCAAAGCAACUUAAAGAGCAACAAAUGGUAAUGCGUGGACAUCGUGACAACUCCAUGAUUAGAGAGUUGAACCGUUACAUACCAACUGCUGCAGCCUUCGGUGGUCUGUGCAUAGGAGCACUUUCUGUUCUAGCUGACUUCUUGGGUGCUAUUGGUUCUGGUACUGGUAUCCUCCUUGCUGUAACAAUCAUAUACCAGUAUUUUGAAAUAUUUGUGAAAGAACAGAGUGACAUGGGCAGCAUGAGUACACUAUUAUUCUAAGACCAUUUUCACCAUACGUACAGGAUGAAGUUGUUCCAUCACAGCAGUGUCUGCUGUUAGUUGAGUAGCUGUUGUGAAUCAUCAGAAACAUAGUUAAAUGCAUGAUAAGUGUUUUCUUUUGUUGUAGCUGUACCAGACUAUUUCCCACUAUAUUCUGUAUGGAAUUCAAUGUCACAUCGUAAUGCAGAACUAUUUGGAGGUUUCUUAUUGUUUUAAAUGUCAUAGACAUCAGUGUUCCUGAUUAUUUAUUGUUUUUGGGGCUGUAACUGCACUGCAAGAGACAAUUGGUGACACAAUGUGCACAUGUAUAACCUGAAACAAUAGCCUGUUGACACUUCUCUGCUCUGUAUGUCAAUAGUGUGACAUGAAGAUCGCCACCAAUAAAAGCAGAUGAUAAAGAUGCCACAAAUAUCAAAGUUUGAAUUUAUCACACCACUUUAACAUUACUCAAAUGUUCUCAACUGUGAUUGAAAUGCAGGAAGAAUUGUGUCCUAUCUCUGAUUGUAAUUAUUGGGCACUUCCUUUCCCUGUAACCCAAACUUAAGAUAGAUCUCUUGAAAGUUAUUUACCUAAGGAUUAUAAUGUUUUUUAUGUUUUUGGCACACAUUACCAAGGCUCUUGGUAAUAGCAUUAGGAAUACCUGCAAGGUUUUUUUCCUGUGACACCAUCUUUUAUAAAUCUGUCUGCGCAGUAAAUUAAUAAAGGUUUGACAUUUUCAUUCAUCUCAGAAAUUGAUAAAAGUAAUUUGUGUCAAAUUUGCUGUGAAAAAGUUGGACUUGACAAUGACAUAAUUGUGACAAAGAAAAGAUUGAAUGUUACAUCUGCUUCAAAAUCUGGUCAUAUCAGUGUGUGUUAAGUUCUCAGAUUUCCUGACAUGUCAUCAGAAUUUUCACAAAAACUAUUUGUGAAUGAAUUGUUUUAGGUUAAAAUAAUGACAUAAUUGUCACAGCAUAAUGCUUCUUAGUUAUCUGAAAGAAGUCUGGGUGGAAUAGCAAUAGAGUGGUUUAAGAACUGCACAAAAGAUAAACCCCUCUGAAUCACAUUCAUAAUAAAAUCACAUAGCAUUAAUUUAGUUACAUUGGACAGGUUACAUAACUUUGUUGAUGUUAUAGCAUUUAUAAGUUUUUGUUAAAAAAAUAAAGAAAGAUUAAAAAAAGUGUGUGUGUGUGUGUGUGUGUGUGUGUGUGUGUGUGUGUGUGUGUGUGACAGAGAGAGAGAGAGAGAGAGAGAGAGAGAGAGAGAGAGAGAGAAGUAAUUUUGUAUUGUAUGUCCCUUAAUAAUGAGUGAACUUGGUCUUUGUGGUUUGAUUUGCAAGGGUACACAGUUUUUUUUUUUAAACAAACCGUGAAAUCUUUCCAUGUAUACGUGACUGUCAAUGUGUUAUUUGGUUACUUUGCUGACUUGAUAUAUUUACUUGGUGUAGUCACAAACCGUUUAAUGAUCAUGUGUAAUACUCACAGGUGUACAAAUAGUUUCUUGAUUACUAUUGCAUUCAUAGUAAAUCAUUUCUUUCGAAAAUGGGACUGAUUCAAAGUCAAUGACAGCAGAUGAUUUUGCACGAAGAAUCAUUUGUACACCCAAAACAUUCUCACCCACCAGAGUAAAGCAUUAUCAGAGUUUUGCUACUGCCGUUUAAAUUUUCUGGUGUGGUUUUGGUACUGCUACUUCUUUGAGAAUCUUAUUAGGGAAUGAAAAUACGAAAGCAAAAGUUGACAUAAUAAAAACAACCAAUAUUGUUGUGUGGUCACUUAAGUCAUUCACCAUAGUGAAUGGCAUUAAUUACAAUAUGUGUAGUGGAAAAUACUAAAAUUUACCAACAAAUAUUGAGAGUAAAGCUGUUAUGACUGCACGUGGAGGUAUAUUAUUCAGAGUAACACAGUGGCUUGUGAAAAUAAUGGUAAUGCAUUCUUCUUCCAUGCUACAUUUAAUAGUACACGCAGCUUGAUUGUGUACCACCACCUGUUAGUACUGUGGUGGUUGGAUGGAUACAUUCUUGUCUCUGGUUGUAGGUUUUUUUGUGGUGUUAAAAAUGUUGCAGCUCAUAUUGUGCUGCUGUCUAGCUCUUAAGUUGACACAAGCAUUCAUGAUCGAUUGCCAGGAAACGUUUUUAAACAAACAUGUUUCAGUAUUGCAUGUGCAAUGUGUAAAAUUCCAUUAUAAUUUCAUUGGAUAAGUGUCUUAAUAUAUUUGAUUACCUUUCAAGAUUUGAUUACUUAGUGAUGAAUGUAGCAAGACAACCUAAUGUAAUGAUAUAUAACUUGGUGAUCUCUUGUAACUUCCUUUCCUCUUUGGUGACACACACACUUAAAACUGUAAACAGUGUAAGGUUUGUUUGGCAUACUAUAAGGAAUUAUUUUUUUUUAAAAGAAAGAAAUCACUUGAACUCUUGUAUUUGACAUGUUCAAGCAUAUUGAUAAUGGUAGGGAUGUAAAUUAAUAUUUCACCAAAUUACCUGUUUAUUUUGUUAAUUAUUUAUAGUAUACAGACUAAUAACGAAAAAGUUCCCUGCACACUGGGUGUUUGUUUUAUAUUUUGCAGAUGUAAUGUAAUUGUAAUUACGUAAGUAGGAAAAAUUGUGUAGCUCUGUUAUAUUUUCAGAAUCAGACUUUCUGUAUCAAAUAGUGUAUUUGCACUUCCUUUGUAUAUCCUUUCCUGUAUUUUGUGUGGUAUAGAUGGUAUUUCUUUCAAAAAAUUAGUUUUUUGAAGUGUGUGUGUGUGUGUGUGUGUGUGUGUGUGUGUGUGUGUGUGUGUGUGUGUGUGUGCAUGCAUCACCUAGGAUUUAAAGAGAACUCUUAAAAUAGGAAGAGCAGUAACAUUUCAUUAUAUUAAAACAUUAGAAAUUCCCCACAAAGAAGUCAGUGAAAAUAUUUUGUUUCCUUUGGUGUAUACUUGCCUGGAUGACUGUAGCACAAGAAUUUACGUAACAAAUUAAAUUGUAACAAAAGAUUGUGGAUCACCAUUACAUGACUAUGUCAAAAAAGAACACAUGCUACAUCAAAAUGCAGGAACUGUGACCUGAAAAAAACAUUGUAAUUUGACAUAAUAUAGAUGAGGGCGUGAGUAUUAGGGUAGGCCAAGGAUAGAGCUCUGAAAAGAGGAUUGCAGUGUGUGGGAACUGUUCAUGAAAUUGAUGUUAUUAGAAUACUGUGUAAGUAUAUAAAAUAUGAGUGUGAAUUAUUUCCAAAACAACAGUUUAGUGAUAGGAGCGGCAAAAAUCAUCCGGUUCACUUACAUUGCAGACAUUGUUGAUGAACUAUGUCACACUGUUUAUUACCACCCCACCUCCACCACCAGUCCUAAGUGAGUGUGUCUUUGGUUUAAUUACUUCAGUGUUACCAGUAUCAAAUUGACUGUGCGACUGAGUCAUUACAUGCCAUUUAGGAAUACGAUAAACAAAUUCCCUUAUUCAGUGUGUUUGUGUGUUUCCCUGUUAGUCUUCCAAAUAAAUAACCCACACCGCUUUGACGUAUUUGUAAUGAACAUCAUAAUUGUAAAAGACUUUUAGUUAUUGUCAUAAGUCAAUGCAGUUCUGGUGAACUGACUUAAACUGAUUUAAUAAGAAAGACUUUGAUUGCAAAAGUUAGAAUUGGUGUGAAUUGAUGAGAAUGUUAUACAUUACUCUUGUGAUAAAUCUUAUAAAUGUAAGAUGGUUUUGGGUAGCAAUGUGAUGGAUAAUACUGGUUGAGACUUGUAAAGUUUGUAUUGUGAAAUGACACUAAAGUGAUUGUGUCCUGAACAAAA